AUGCAACUAUUCGAAGAGCCAUACCACUAUCUGCAGAAGAAGGUCGGAUCCAUACUCGAAGAGCUGAUAGGCGAGCUGAACAAGAGCGUGUCAAGCUUUAAGAAGGUGUCAAAGAAGGCAUACGAAGUGGAGGAGAAAAUACUGCAGAGCAGAAGCAAGUACAUAAAAGUAAGCAAAGAGGUGGAGUACGAGCUGAAGAGACAGAAAGAGAUAGAGACAGUGCUGGAGUACUUUGAAGCAGAGAUAGACAAGCUCAAACAGAAGCUGCAGAGAUCCUCCACAGAGUCAUCGCAAAAGCCUUGCUACUCAGCCCUCGGAGAAAUAGGAACGCUGAUAGCAGAGUUUAACGAGCUUGUGUCGCAGCUCGAUGUUGGAGUCCCGAAUAAAAUAAACAUCCUUCUGAACAAGAACAUAAACCUCGUAAACCAGAUCGAAGAGUCCAUUGAGAAAAGCUCCGUGCAACAAAGAGAGUGA